CUUAAGCACAAAAUAAAACUAAUAAAUUAAGUUAUUUAAUUUUUAAUACAUAAUUGAUUAUUGACCUUCAUAGUGUAUACUUGAAACUCAAGCAGCUAAGAUAACGUCUGGUUUUAUCGGUGAUUAUAUAUUUGGCUUCAUUUAAUGCAUGGUCAUUCUAACAAGACAUGGAUCCUUUUAAUUUGUUAAUAAUUGUAACAACAAUUUUAGUUCUUUAUUUUAGUUUGGAGGUGUUGUUACGCGAUAGGGUAACUAAAUAUGUGGAUAAAGUUCCUGGACCGAUUAAACUUCCCGUUUUUGGGACAACUUGGCCUCUACUUUUUAUUCCUAAAUCCGCGAUGUUUUUUGUGGUAAAAACUGUUUUGAGAAGAUAUGGUCCAGUGGUAAGAACAUGGUUGGGUAAUGUACCGGUCGUACAUUGUAUAGAACCAGAAACUGUUGAGGUCAUUUUAAACAAUUCAACUCAAAUUUCAAAAAGUAAAAUGUACAAAAUAGCACAUCCUUGGCUCGGAGAAGGUUUGCUAACCAGUACAGGAGAGAAAUGGCAUAGACAUAGGAAGAUUAUUACUCCAACUUUUCACUUUAAAAUAUUGGAAAACUUUGUGGAUAUUUUCGUGGAAAAAAGUCAAAAAUUGGUGGAAGUAUUAAAGGAUAAAGCCGAUGGGGAUAUUUUCAAUUUAUAUCCGUACAUAACAAGAUGUACUUUAGAUAUUAUUUGUGAAACUGCAAUGGGUGUUAAAAUUAACGCCUUAGACGAUCCAGAAAAUGAAUACAUAAAAAGCAUUUACGGGUAUGAUCAUGUACAGUGUCCGCCAAAAAACAGCACCACCCUGGUUUUUUCAUAAUUUUUUCUCGAAAAU